GUCUUGCUGUCUACAGAUGUCUGUGUCUGCUGUCCAUGUCUGUCUGUGCAAUAUUAUAGGUUGCCAGCGCUAUAACAUUUAACAUUCUCAUAUACAUACAUAUAUAUUUAUAUUUUAUUCCAAAAAAAUUUAUUAUUAUUCAUACAUUUGAUUGAUCAUCAUGAAAAGAUAUGUUUAAUUUUGCUAAAGUCCAAUCCUAACACUCAUUGAAAAAUAUAUAAUAAUCAACGUUACUAUACGUCACUAUUACUAUCAAUAAAAAUAAUAAAGAAUUUAUUAUAAAUUUAUUUGGGAAAUUAUUAAAAUUCAAAAUGUCACUAAAUAAUUAUCAGCCACUAAAUAUUGAUAGUAGUGAUGCGUUAAAAAGUGGAUCAUCAUCGAUAAUAAAUGGUCAAUCAACGAUCCAACACAAUCAAAAUGGUAGUCAACAAAUUUAUAAUUCCACUGGUACACCAUCAUCGCAAUCGUCACGUGAAACAUCAAGAGAUCCAUCUCCGACCCAAUAUCUUCACAAUCAAUAUCGCCCUCAAUUAACAAGACCACCAAUGCCACCCAUAAAUGGCCAGCAGACUAACGAAUCAUCUGGAUCAGUUCAACCAAAUCCUUUUCAAACUCAGCUACCGAGAUAUCCACCAGGUGUUAUUAGACCUCUAGAUCCACGGCAACAGCCACAGCAUCAGCAGCAAUUAUUAAAUCCUGGAACAAAAUUAAUUAAAGACCAGCCACAAAUUAAUGAUCAGAGACAUCAGACACCAGUUAAUGCAAAUCAACCUAGCCAUUUAAAUGUUCUUCCAUAUUCUAGUGUCAAUCAGCAACAUCUACUCCAACAACCACCCCCACCACCACAACAACAGCAACAACUAAAUAAUAGUCCUGGCCAAAAUAAUCAAAUUAAUCCUCUGCAAUACUCGAGACCAUUAAAUUCAAAUCCUACACCAAAUUUAUUUAAUAAAAAUCAAGGCCAGACUUUACAAACUGUACCAUCAGUCCCACUAUCGAAUCAACAAUUUAAUAGAGAGGUUUUUACUAAUAUUAAUAGUAAUGUCAAUCCAAGUUUAUCUAUUGGACAGACACAUCCAACACUGCCAAGUGCUCAAUUUAUUAAUAAUCAACAACAGCAGCAGCCUCCAAUUCAGAAACAGCAGCCUCUGAUACAGCAACAGCCGCCUCCAAUUCAAAAGCAACCACCGCCGAUACAAACGCAGCCGCCUCUGAUUCAAAAACAGCCGCCUCCGAUUCAACAGCAGCCACCUCCGAUUCAACAGCAGCAGUUAAAUUUUAUCAAUCAACCACAAAUGGAUCCUAGAUUACCGCCAGUUAGUGCUAAUGCUAAUACGCCGGUCUAUCCAACUCAAAAUUAUGCUCACAAUCAACAAAAUUUAACUAGUCAGAAGAGGUAUCCACCAGCUAAUUUCAAUGCAGUACCGAAUCCUGCUAGUGGGGUUACGAAUGCUAUUAAUGAUAACAUGGGAUCAAGGAUUAGUGGACCACCACUUCCUGGACAACAGCCAAGUCCUUACGAUAACAGGCAGCCUUACUACGGUCAAAUGUCAAAUGUACCCUUGGACAGUAUGUCAAAAAGAUAUCCAAAUCAAAUUGCCGGCGUUAAUAACUAUCAAAAUGACAUUAAUCAGCUAAAUACUCAAAUGGGGAGAAUGGAUGUUUUAAAUUCUGGUUUCAAUGCAAUGUGGAAUCAACACUCAAUUGAUUUACUCCAGAACAGAAAUAUUUUACCAGCUGAAAAAAUUGAAGCUCCUAAAAUAAAAUUACAACAAGAAGAACUAGAAUCCGUAAACUGUAGUCCUGAUAUUUUCCGAUGUACGUUGACUAAAAUUCCAGAAAACGACAAAUUAUUAAAGAAAACACGAUUACCACUAGGAAUUUUAAUUCAUCCAUUUAAAGAUUUAAAUCAUUUACCGUUGAUACAAUGCAGUACGAUAGUACGUUGUCGUGCAUGUCGCACUUAUAUUAAUCCUUAUGUAUAUUUUAUUGAUCCGAAACGAUGGAAAUGUAAUUUAUGUUACCGCGCAAAUGAACUUCCCGACGAUUUUCAAUUUGAUCCAGUAUCAAAAUCCUACGGCGAUCCAACAAGGAGACCGGAAGUAAAAACAAGCACAAUUGAAUUUAUAGCACCCAGCGAAUAUAUGCUCCGUCCACCUCAACCAGCAGUAUAUUUAUUUAUAUUGGACGUAUCAAGAUUGGCCGUUGAAAGCGGUUACUUAUCAAUAGUCUGUAAUACUAUAAGCGAAGAAUUGUCAAAAUUACCUGGUGACAGUCGCAUGCAAGUUGGUUUCCUUGCCAUCGAUUCGGCUGUGCAUUUUUUCAGUAUGCCUGACAAUGUAUCUCAGCCGCAUGAAUUGAUUAUGCUUGACGUUGAUGAUGUUUUCUUACCGUGCCCAGAUAAUUUAGUUGUUAAUUUAAAAGAACGUGAAGAAUUGGUGCGUGAUUUAUUAAGCCAAUUGCCUAGUAAAUUUAACGGUACUCUUGAUAAUAAUAAUGCAUUAGGUGCUGGUUUACAAGCUGCUUUCAAAUUAAUGUCUGCUACUGGUGGACGCGUAAGUGUAUUCCAAACAUGUUUACCAAAUGUCGGGCCUGGUUCAUUACAAUCACGUGAAGACCCAAAUACACGUGCUAAUAAAGAUGUACCAUAUUUAAAUCCCGCAACAGAUUUUUAUAAACGUCUUGCAUUAGACUGCAGUGGUCAACAAAUAGCCGUCGAUUUAUUUUUACUAAAUGGUCAAUACUGUGAUUUAGCGACUCUAUCUGGAAUAUGUAAAUUUUCUGGUGGUUGUAUGCAUCAUUUGCCAUUAUUCCGUAUAAAUAAACCACAAUGUAGAGAAACACUUGAUCGUAUAUUACGACGUUACUUGACACGCAAAAUUGGAUUUGAAGCAGUUAUGAGAAUACGUUGUACACGUGGUUUAAGUAUUCAUACGUUCCAUGGUAAUUUCUUCGUUAGAUCAACAGAUCUAUUGAGUUUACCAAACGUUAACCCAGACGCUGGUUUUGGUAUGCAAGUUGCUAUUGAAGAAAAUUUAUGUGAUGUACAGUCUGUUUGUUUCCAAGCUGCUUUACUUUAUACAUCCAGCAAAGGUGAAAGACGUAUUAGAGUUCAUACACUUUGUUUACCAGUAUCAUCUAGCUUAUCAGAUAUUUUAUAUUCUGCUGACCAACAAUGUAUUAUUGGACUUGUAUCGAAAAUGGCUGUUGAUCGAUCACAACAGACAUCAUUAUCAGAUGCACGUGAUGCAUUAAUAAAUGUUGCAAUAGACGCUUUAUCAGCCUUCAGAUUAGCACAGCCAUCAAGUACCGGUGGUUUAAUGGCACCACUCAACUUAAAACUAUUACCUCUUUACAUCGUAGCCUUAUUAAAAAGCAUGGCCUUCAGAACCGGCACAAGUACACGAUUAGACGAUCGAAUAUUUACAAUGUGUCAAAUGAAAUCAUUACCAUUGUCACAAUUAAUGCUAAUGGUUUAUCCAGAUUUAUAUCCGAUUCAUAAUCUGGAUGAUAAUAAUGGAAAAGAAAUUGAUGGUAGAUUGUGUCCGCAACCGCCGCGUUUACAUUUGACCGCUGAGAAACUUGAUUUUCGCGGUGCAUUUUUGAUGGAUGCGGGUGAUAAAAUAUAUAUUUAUAUUGGUAAAAAUAUUGAUCCACUGUUUUGCACUAACGUACUUGGUGUAUCAUGUUAUGCAGCCAUUCCUGAAGAAAUGUAUGAUUUACCAGAAUUAGAUACAAUGGAAAAUGAACGAUUGAGAUUGUUCUUAUUUAGUUUACAAGAAGAGAAACCAUACUAUGCAUCUGUACAAAUUAUACGAGAUGACAGCCACUUCAAAAACCUAUUUAUCGAGCACCUAAUCGAAGAUCGUUCAGAAGCCGCAUUGAGUUACUACGAAUUCCUACAACACCUCAAAACGCAGAUUAAGUAAUUACUAAACAAAUAAAACAUUAUUUAUUUAAUUUACUAAUUAAUCAAUAAAUAAAAAUAAAAUAUAAACAUCGCCAGAUAAUUAAUUCAAGUAAUAGAUAAUUCAAAUAUUAA